UAGUGAUUUCUGAUGUUAGCCUCUGAGGAACUGAGGUCUAAAUCGAUCCUUGGAACUCCAGGCAGCUUCUUAUGGACAACAAGUUAAACCUGAGCCAACAAUGUCAUGUGGCAGCUAAAAAGCCAAUGGGACUUUGACCUGCUUAAAUAGGAGUCUAGUGCCUAGAUCCAGGGAAGUCAUGCUACCCCUCUAUUCUGCUUUGGUCAGACCAUGCCUGGAAUCACACUGGGUCCAAUUCCGUGCACUGCAAUUGAAGGGAGAUGUUGUCAAGCUGGAAUGUGUCCAGAGGAAGGUAACUAAAAUGAUCAAGAGUCGGGAGAACAAGCCCUGUAAGGAGUGGCUGAAAGAGCUGGGCAUAUUUAGCCUUCAGAAGAGAAGGCUGAGAGGAGAUAUGACAAGGGCCAUGUAUAAAUAUGUGAGGGGAAGUCAUAGGGAGGAAGGAGCAAGCUUGUUUUCUGCUGCCCUGGAGACUAGGAUGCGGAACAAUGGCUUAAAACUACAGGAAAGAAAGAAGAUUCCACCUGAACACUGGGGAGAACUUCCUCACUGUGAGAGGGAGCUGUUCAGCAAUGGAACUCUCUGCCCUGGAGUGUGAUGUAGGCUCUUUCUUUGGAGGCUUUGAAACAGAAUCUGGAUAGCCAUCUGUCGGUGGUGUUUUGAAUGUGAUUUUCCUGCUUCUUAGCGGGGGGUUGGACUGGAUGGCCCAUGAGGUCUCUUCCAACUUUAUGAUUCUAUGAUACUAUGAUAUGUCAGAGACAUAUGUUACAAAUGGAGAGAAACAAUUAACUAGAGAUGCCUAGGACUGAACUUGAGAUGGUAAGAUUUUAAAACAGAUGGUCUUCUUCUUGUUGUGUUGUUACUGUGGUGUGCCUUCAAGUCAUUUCUAAACUAUGGGACUUUAAAGAAUGGGAUUUUAUUGGCAAGAUUCUUAAGAAAUGGCUUGGUGUUCCCUCCCUCUGAGGCUGAAAAUAUAUGACUCCCCCAAGGUCAACUUGUGGAUUCAUCAGGGAACAGGGAUUCAAAUCUUGGUCUCCAGAGACAUACCCCAUUGAUUAAACUACUACAGCAUGGUGAUGCCAUGCCACAUUCUCUCAUUUCUCAAAAAAAAUCCACAAAAUUCAUCUCACCCUUGCUGUGGUUGAACCAGAAGUAGUGAUUUCUGAUGUUACCAUCUGAGGAACGAAGGUCCAAAUUGAUCCUUGGGGCUCCAGGCACGUCUCCAGGCAGGGCACUGCAGUUGAAGGGAGAUGUUGACAAGCUGGAAUUUGUCCAGAAGAGGGCAACUAAAAUGAUCAAGGGUCUGGAGAACAAGCCCUAUAAGGAGUGGCUGAAAGAGCUGGGCAUAUUUAGCCUGCAGAAGAGAAGGCUGAGAGGAGACAUGAUAGCCAUGUACAAAUAUGUGAAGGGACGUCCUAGGGAGGAGGGAGGGAGCUUGUUUGCUGCUGCCCUGGAGACUAGGACGCAGAACAAUGGCUUUAACCUACAGGAAAGGAGAUUCCACCUGUACAUCAGGAAGAACUUCCUCACCAUGAGACCAAGAUUUGAAUCCCCAUUCCCUGAUGAAUUGACGAAUUCAGCAGUGGAAUACUCUGCCCUGGACUGUGGUGGAGGCUCCUUCUUUGGAGACUUUUAAGCAGAGGCUGGAUGGCCAUCUGUCGGGGGUGCUUUGAAUGCGAUUUCCUGCUUCUUGGCGGGGGUUGGACUAGAUGGCCCAUGAGGUCUCUUCCAACUCUAUUAUUUUAUGAUUCUGAUUCCAUACCUCACAACCUUUGAGGAUGCCUGCCAUAGAUGUGGGCAAAAUGUCAGGAGAGAAUACUUCUGGAACAUGGCCACACAGCCCGAAAGACAUACAACAACCCUGUGAUCCCGGCCAUGAAAGCCUUCGACAACACAUUGAUUCUAUGAUUGUUUGUACCCAUUUCACAGUUUGGAAGAAGUGAAGCUGCUUGGACCCAGGCCUGCGGGGAGUGGGUGUUCAUUUCCCACCUUCUAUUAGUUACAAAUAGAGCCAGUGGACCGGGAUCGAGGCGGGAAGAGAAUAGACUGGGAUCUGGUGGCGACAGAAUCCCGAAUUAUCCUCAUAGAGAGGAAGAGAGAGAGAGGUGGGGUGAAGGGAGAGAAAGAGAGCAGAGCUGGGGAAGAGAGGAUUUUCGGGGGUCGCACCAGAAGGUCAGAGAGAGGCGACGUUGGAGUGAGUGUCGGAGGAAGAGGCAGAAGAAGAAGAUGAAAAGAGAAAAAGAAGGGCUAGGGAGACAAGCCACCAGAGCCAUGCUUGUGCCAUAGCAAGAGAAGGAAGAGAAGGGGAGGAGGUGCCCGAAAAGGAGGCGGAGGAGGGCGCUUGCUUGCCUGCUUGCUUGCCUCCUUCCCCAGCAAGGGAGAAAGAAACCAAAUCGCUGGAGAGAAAGCAAGAAGGACUCGUGGUCUUGGUGCCACUCGGGAAGAAGGAGAGCCAACCUGCCCGCCUCGUGUUGCAAGGAGGCAGCGGCUUCUCUGCCUCUCGUUCUCUCUCUCUCUCUCUUCCUCUCUCUCGGCCCGACAGUGAAGGAAUUCCGCAGCCAGACGAAGCUCCUUUGCCUUCCUUCCUCCCGACGGUCCGGCGCGCCAGGGAAGGGGAGAAAGGGGAAAGGAAGGCAGAAGAAAGGAGGCGGCUCUGCACGGAUCCUGGAAUGGGAUAAGGUUGUGAAGACGAUGAUUACAUCCUCCCAGCUGAACAGACCAGAAGAUGGCAGACAUCAUGUAGAAAAUGUUUGGAAACAUCCACUUGAUCCUCCAUCUGAUUGCUUUGCUGCCUCUGAAAGACUUCUUCAUCACUUUUUAACAACGCUCUCACCUGGUCAUCCCAUCAUGGUCCAUGUACUGGCUUAAACCAUUCCCUAAAAUGAUCCUUCUGCUUGUUAUCUUGUUAUUGAAGGAAGAUGUCUGUGGCAACGGUGGCCUUUUGGUUUCUGCACAGUCCAAUGAAAGAAGAGUGGUGGCCCACAUGCCGGGUGACAUUAUCAUUGGAGCUUUGUUCUCUGUCCACCAUCAGCCGUCCGUUGACAAAGUCCAUGAGAGGAAAUGUGGAGAGGUGAGAGAGCAAUAUGGCAUCCAGAGAGUGGAGGCAAUGCUGCAUACCCUAGAUAGGAUUAAUCAAAACCAAACACUCUUGCCAAACAUAACUUUAGGUUGUGAGAUCCGGGAUUCAUGCUGGCAUUCAGCGGUCGCUCUUGAGCAAAGUAUUGAGUUCAUCCGGGACUCUCUCAUCUCAGCAGAAGAGGAACAAGGACUGAUGAAAUGUGUAGAUGGAUCAUCUUCUUCUUUCCAUUCCAAGAAGCCUAUCGUUGGUGUCAUUGGGCCUGGGUCUAGUUCUGUGGCAAUCCAGGUGCAAAAUCUGUUGCAACUUUUCAACAUACCUCAGAUUGCCUACUCAGCCACAAGCAUGGACUUAAGUGACAAGACCUUGUUCAAAUAUUUCAUGAGAGUUGUACCCUCAGAUGCUCAACAGGCUCGCGCUAUGGUGGACAUUGUCAAGAGAUACAACUGGACUUACGUAUCUGCUGUACACACUGAAGGAAACUAUGGUGAAAGUGGAAUGGAAGCCUUCAAAGACAUGUCAGCCAAGGAAGGGAUCUGCAUUGCCCAUUCCUAUAAGAUCUACAGCAAUGCCGGGGAACAGAGCUUUGACAAACUGCUGGAGAAGCUAAGAAGCCAUUUACCCAAGGCAAGAGUUGUGGCGUGCUUCUGUGAGGGCAUGACUGUGCGAGGACUGCUUAUGGCCAUGAGGCGCUUGGGGCUGGCUGGAGAAUUCUUGCUGCUGGGCAGUGAUGGCUGGGCAGACAGGUACGACGUGACAGACGGAUACCAGCGUGAAGCUGCUGGUGGAAUUACAAUCAAGCUCCAGUCUCCUGAUGUCAAAUGGUUUGAUGAUUAUUACCUGCAGCUUCAACCAGAUACCAAUCACCGAAACCCAUGGUUUCAGGAAUUUUGGCAACAUCGAUUCCAGUGCCGGCUAGCAGGGUCCCCACAGGAGAAUCCAAAAUUCAAUAAGACAUGCAGCAGUAAUCUGACUUUAGAAACACAACAUGUGCAAGAUUCAAAAAUGGGCUUUGUGAUUAAUGCCAUAUACUCCAUGGCAUAUGGCCUCCACAAUAUGCAGAUGACAUUGUGCCCAGGUUAUGCGGGUCUUUGCGAUGCUAUGAAACCUAUUGAUGGACGAAAGCUUCUGGAGGCUCUUAUGAAGUCAAACUUCACUGGGGUGUCUGGGGACAUGAUCUCUUUUGAUGAGAAUGGAGAUUCACCAGGACGGUAUGAGAUUAUGAAUUUUAAGAAAAUGGGCAAGGACUACUUUGACUAUAUCAAUGUUGGAAGUUGGGACAAUGGUGAACUAAAAAUGGAUGAUGAUGAAAUCUGGUCAAAGAAGGUUACCAUCAUCAGAUCUGUCUGCAGUGAACCUUGUGAGAAAGGAGAGAUCAAGGUAAUCCGCAAAGGGGAAGUCAGUUGCUGUUGGACUUGCACACCUUGCAAAGAAAAUGAAUUUGUUUUCGAUGAAUACACCUGCAAGGCCUGUGACUUGGGUUCUUGGCCCAAUGAUCAGCUCACUGGUUGUGAUUUAAUUCCAGUUCAGUAUCUGCGAUGGGGUGAUCCAGAGCCAAUUGCAGCUGUUGUAUUUGCCUGCUUGGGUCUCCUGGCCACCAUGUUUGUUACUGCUGUGUUCAUCCUGUAUCGCGACACACCAGUUGUCAAGUCUUCAAGCCGAGAACUCUGCUACAUCAUCUUAGCUGGGAUAUUUUUGGGCUACCUGUGUACUUUUUGUCUUAUUGCAAAACCUCAGAAGAUCUAUUGUUACCUACAACGAAUUGGCAUUGGUCUUUCCCCUGCAAUGAGCUACUCUGCUCUGGUGACAAAAACCAACCGGAUUGCACGGAUCCUGGCUGGCAGCAAGAAGAAAAUCUGCACCAAGAAACCUCGAUUCAUGAGCGCCUGUGCCCAAUUGGUCAUAGCAUUUAUCUUAAUAGGCGUCCAGUUGGGCAUCAUUGUGGCUCUUUUCAUAAUGGAGCCCCCAGAUAUCAAGCACGAUUUCCCAAGCAUUCAAGAAGUAUAUCUGAUAUGCAACACCACCAACCUGGGGGUUGUGACUCCCCUUGGAUACAAUGGUUUGCUCAUUUUAAGUUGCACCUUCUACGCAUUCAAGACCAGAAAUGUUCCAGCAAAUUUCAAUGAAGCCAAAUAUAUUGCUUUCACCAUGUACACUACUUGCAUCAUUUGGCUGGCUUUUGUCCCCAUUUAUUUCGGGAGCAACUAUAAAAUUAUCACUAUGUGUUUUUCGGUCAGCUUGAGUGCCACUGUAGCCCUUGGUUGCAUGUUUGUGCCAAAAGUGUACAUCAUCCUUGCCAAGCCGGAGAGAAAUGUACGCAGUGCAUUUACCACCUCAACUGUGGUUCGCAUGCAUGUUGGGGAUGGGAAGUCCUCUUCUGCUACCAGCCGGUCAAGCAGUUUGGUCAACCUGUGGAAGAGGAGGGGAUCUUCGGGAGAGACCCUAAGGUACAAAGGCAGGAAGCUGGCCCAGCACAAGUCCGAAAUAGAGUGUUUCACUCCAAAAGGGAGUAUGGGAAAUGGUGGGCGAGCGACAAUGAGCAGUUCCAAUGGGAAAUCGGUCACUUGGGCCCAGAACGAGAAGACCACGAGCAGAGGAGCCCAUCUCUGGCAACGACUUUCUGUUCACAUCAACAAGAAGGAGAACCCCAACCAAACAGCCGUCAUCAAACCUUUCUCCAAAAGCACAGAUGGUAGUCGACACAGCAGCAGCAACACUCUCAGCCCAAACUAUCCCGAUUCCAGUGCCAAAACACUAUACGAUGUCUCAGAGGCAGAAGAACACUACCCAGCUCAGUACCGAGCUCAGACCCCUUCCCCUAUCAGCACGGUGAGCCAGCGGACUGCCUCGCUCAGCCGAACUGAAGACGAUGCCCCAACGUUCCAGUCUGAGCAAGCCCAGCAGAGCAGUUCCUCCCAAGGUUCUCUUAUGGACCAAAUCAGCCAUGUGGUGACCCGUUUCACCGCCAAUAUCAGUGAGCUCAACUCCAUGAUGCUUUCCACUCCAGCGCAGGGGAGCAUGGGGACAACUCCUCUGUGUUCUUCCUAUCUGAUCCCAAGAGAGAUCCAGCUUCCGACCACCAUGACAACUUUUGCAGAGAUUCAGCCACUCCCUGCUAUUGAGGUCAACGGAGCGUCCCAGUCAUCGCGCAAGCCGUCUUGCGGCAGCGUCAAAGAAGGCCCUUCAGUGGAAACUCCAGCAGUGGUGAAGCCAGAGCUGGAAGAUCUGGUGGCUUUAACACCACCCUCCCCUUUCAGGGACUCUGUCGAUUCCGGGAGUGCUUCGCCCAGUUCCCCAGCAUCUGAAUCUGCCCUUUGUAUGCCCUCCUCACCGAAAUAUGACUCACUUAUUAUAAGAGAUUAUGCUCAGAGUUCUUCUUCUUUGUGAAUGUAGUUGACAUUCAACCCCGGAUCUCGACAGCUUCAGGUCAAUAGGGAGGGGAGGCUAAGCCUCUGGGUUCUCCAGUGUUGAUAGACACAGUGAAAGUAAUGGCUCAUUUUUAGGGGAAAUGUGGGGAAAUAGAAAUGACAGAUGAAUUAUGCUCUUUCCAACACACACAUACAAAAUAAAACUUUUAGCAGAUUUUUGUGGCCUUAAAAACAUGGGCUUUUAAAAGGAAAAGAGAGACACAGCUACACACACAGACACACAGAACCCAUUUCCUAGGGCUUAUAAAGAGUCUCUGAAAUUACUUACAUACUAAGUGCUUUGCAUUAGUGUCUACAAUGACCCUCUCAACACAUACUGUGGUGAGGAGGGAGGAAAGGAAGUCAAGGUUAAGCAGUUGUCCAGUGCUUGUUUACUUGGAUUCCUUAACCCAUAAGUGAACCUUGAUCUUUUAUCAAGACAUGAAAGACCAAAACAUUGAAUGUACAUUUUCUAACAGACUUUUAAGACCUGGGACCAAACAAUCCAGCUCCUAUUUUUGUGUGUAUGUGUCCAUUGAAGAUUUUCAUUUUUUAAAAAAACAAAGAUCUCAACCCAUAGUAUCUUAUUGUGGAACUACGAAACUUUUUGCUUUGGCGAAAAUGAGUUACGUACAUGGCAGAGGACCACGUGUUGAUCAACUCAGUUUUUGCCAUGUUGCAGCCGAUGACGGAAGUCAGAGGGCUUUCCAGUAGACAUUUUGCCCAACAUAUGUGUUUAUGAGGAAAACAAAACAAAAUCUCUUCAGUUAAGUAUCUAAUUUCUUUUCUUUGUUAACAUUGGAUUCUCUUCCAGAGCUACAGAAAUCAAGGAGGAUUUCCAGACUAUUUCACCAUGUUGCCAGCCAAUAAUGGAGUAGCAAAAAAAACAAAAACAAACAAACAAGCAAACAAAUAACAAUAAUAAUAACAAUAAUAUUUUGUGGAGUGCUGUUUUAUAAUUCCCAGAUCAGGGCAAAUGCUGAGGUGAAGAUUUUCUUUCUAGUGACAUUGUGGAGCUAUAGCUAUGUUUCCAAGUGAGAUUCAUGCAUUUUUAUGGACAAUUCUUGCAUUGAUGUUGUCAGCUCGAAACUUUGAUCACGCUCAAAGUUCUUUUGUUAUGAAAGAGGACAACCAUUUGGUUCUCCUAACCAGCCUCUCAGAGGAGGCAGACAGACAAUGUAAGCACCUUCCCAUCAAGUCCCUCCUCCAAUGUCUUUUCAUUGGGAGACAAGAGUGCCAGCCUCUUGUCAGUCAGAGGAAACUGCAAUACAGGAGGCUGUGGGCUCCUUCUAGUUCAGUUCUCAAGGUGGCGUGGCUAAGCGGGUAACCAGAACAUAGGAAUAAGAGCCUUUUGGGUUGCAAUUCCCAGAAUCCCCCAGAUACCAAGCUGGAGAUUUCUAGGAGUUGUAGUCCAUAAAUGUUACCUUUCUAACCUUUGGGAAGCACCGUGAGUAUUUCAAAGGUUUUUUUAAAAAAAGCUUUACUAGAGCUCCUCCCUUUCCGGAAUACGCACAGACAGUGUUUUAUUUUAUUUUUUAUUAUUUUAUUUUAUAGGCUGUUUUAAAGGCUAUGCGUCGGUUUUGUUUCCUCCCUAUAUUUUUUCAUCGUGGAUCAUUCAGAAGAGCGAGCAGUGGCAGGAGAUGCCUUUGAGGAUGUGUUUGUUACAUUAGAGCCCACUUUCUUGUAAAUGCAGGAUUGGACAGAAGCUAUGCCUAAGCAUAGGGACUGCUUUACAUAGCCAUCAGUUUUGGUGGACCAUCCAACAUGUGGCUAGAAGUGUGGAUGUUAAUCACAGGAGUUGCCCAGGUAAGUCUAACUCUAGGAAUUGCUUGAAAGGUUGUAUCAGUAGAUCUGAGAUGAGGACUUGAAAAAAAAACUUUGGGGGACUAUAGCACUCAGAAGCUCUGCUGACUGAGAGAUUGUGGAAUUUGUCAAACAAAGAAAAAGUCACUUUUCCAAGCUAUGAAUGAGGUCCCUAGUGGAAAAAGGACAGAGACAAACAACAAGUACACAUACAUAUAUCACAUCUACCUGCAUUAUACUGGGAUCCAUAUGCAGUCAGGGCCGGCUCUACCAGUAGGCACAGUGAGGUGUCCACCUCAAAUGGGAAGUGCUGGAGAGAGGAAAAGAGCACCAAGGUUGUUGGAGAACAAAUCUGUAUGCGAUAUGCCAUGUCACCAGACCUGUGUCCUCCUUAGUUGAUAGGCUCUUCUCAGCUUCAGUGGAAGAUGCUGCACUCCAGCAUACUGUUUCAUGAUACACUUGAACUCUCAGCAAUUCUGGCUUAUAGUUUUGUCCAAAGCUGCCCACAGGAUGACGCCAUUCUUCAUUCUGUCUGUCCUAGAUCUGCCGCCAAUCAUUUUUACUGGGUGAUACUAUGAGAGAUGUUCCUCUUUCUACUAGUCCAAAAAGGACCAUCAUGUCCCACCUUCAGAAUAUGGUCCUCUGCAGGCAUUGUCCAGUCAAUGAAAGUGUCUAUAAAUGGGAAGGAGGAAGAAAAUCAUAUUUCAGACACCAUCUUUGAUGAAGUGUCUGCUGCCCCCUGAAAACUGCUCAUUUGUCCUGAGUGCCCAAUGAUCCUGGUUAUAUCAAAAGCCCGCAUCUUUUUGCCAUUCACAUAUUGGUCCUCUUGCAAAUGUUCAAAGGAAGCUAUUCCACUGUUACAGAGUGACUGGUGGCACAUACACACCAGUCAAAUGAGUCAAUUACUUUAUAUUAUGCCUUUGUCUCAAGAGUCAGGUUCAAGGUAACAUACAGAAUACAAAAAAAAGUACGGGUACAGUAUGGCCACUAUAUCCACAGGGAGUACUUUCUAGGUGAAUAUGCAAAACUGGGGGUAAUAAGGAACCCUAUUGAAGAAAUUAUAUUUGAUAUAAGCAUAUAUCAUAGUAUCACAUUAGAGGACAUAGGCAUUGCCCUAUGGUAAAGUUCUGGUGGAGGAAUACUACAGAAUCGCCUGGAGAAUCUAGUUUGGUGGUUCUCAACCUGCGGGGCCCCAAGUGUUUUGGCCUUCAACUCCAAGAAAUCCUAACAGCUGGCAAACUGGCUGUGAUUUCUGGGAGAUGUAGGCCAAAAUACAGGUUGAGAACCACUGAUCUAAUAAAUUGCUAGAGAUGACAUAUUUUAUGAGAUGCAUGUACUGGUAAAUUAAACUGCAUCCACAUGCCCUACAGAUGCAAAGUUUAUACUGUAAAACUAUAUACAGUAGAGUCUCACUUAUCCAAGCUAAACGGGCCGGCAGAAGCUUGGAUAAGCGAAUAUCUUGGAUAAUAAGGAGGGACUAAGGAAAAGCCUAUUAAAUAUCAAAUUAGGUUAUGAUUUUAUGAAUUAAGCACCAAAACAUCAUGUUAUACAACAAACUGGACAGAAAAAGUAAUUCAAUACGCAGUAAUGUUAUGUUGUAAUUACUGUAUUUACGAAUUUAGCACCAAAAUAUCACGAUAUAUUGAAAAUAUUGACUACAAAAAUGGCUUGGAUUAUCCAGAGGCUUGGAUAAGCGAGGCUUGGAUUAGUGAGACUCUACUGUAUGUCUAAAAACAUACAAAAGGUUAAAGUUAAAAAAUGUUUAUGGAAUUAAGCAUAGAACUGAAAGAAUAUACUCAUAUUAAAAACAGUACAGCACUAAAACUGAAAACUUAUUAUGUAUAUAGAAGGGCACCAUUUAUUUUGAAUUUGGAAAUGGGGCAGAUCUGCUUGCCUGAAAAGGUGGUUGGACAGACAUAAGAGCCACUCUGAAUAGUCCCAAAGCUUUAAAGGGCCCAUAAAGGGAAAUAUUGUCCUUUGAAUAGCUAGAACACAAGCUAUACAGGGUGUUAUAGGUCAUACCAGCACUUUGAAUUUGACAAAAGCUUUCAAAGCAAUACAGAAGAGCUUCUAAGACAGAAAAUAAAUUGUGGUACAGAGCAACACACUCUUUUCUUGAUUAUAGAACUAUCUUACUGAUUGACACAGAAAGCUAACUCCCUCGAUGACAGCUUACUUUAUCCUACAGUUCAGAAUUCCAAAUCUGUAUUGCCUAUUUUCUUGGACACACAUUCAGUUAAUGAAAUAAGAUCCAAAGAUGCAACAGAUUUGUUCAGUAUGACUUAAGUGUGUAUCCUAAAAUAUGUCCUACAAUCCUUUCAUCAAGUGUAGAAGAAUUCAUGUCAGAUGUUCCUUAGCAGUCAAGUUGGUCCAGAGAGGGAUCUCUGAAUGCAAAAAGCUUGAAAUUGACUUCUGCACAUGACCCCAUCAAUUGAAGUUAAUAUUCAAAGCAACAGACACAUAGAUUUUGACAGCCAAUCUUUCCAAGUUGUGAUUUCUCUGGAUUGCACCAUGUGUGAGAUAAUUACUGCCUUUAAUGAGGUGCCUAUCUCCAUUCCUGGUGAUCGCUCAAGGAUAAUUUGUGAUUGUUUACUCAAAUGACUGUGCAGGAGCGGAGAUGUUUCUCAACAUGUUCUGAAUAAUGAGAAUAUCAUUAGCCAUUCUCUUCAGGUGUUUGGAUUAGAGUUUGAUUCAACUAAAAAAUGGUCAGUAGGUUUCAGCACCUUCUCAUGUUGGAACAAAGAAGAACCUGGGCAGUCACAGAGUGAUGUGAAGCCCAGGUUUUCAAAUUCCCAAACGUCAAGGCUUCCUUAUGAACAUGGUGAUCGGCACUGGCAAAAAGGAGUCUCCCAUUUGGGCAAUGAGAUCAGAGAUGCUUCAUUGCAUGAGCAGCAGGAAUGUGCGACAAUGUCAGCACCAACAAUGUCAACUUCGAUCAAGAAUUGUUUUGGUCAAGCUUUUCACAUGAUGACUAUAUUAAGGCAUACAGUUUGACAUUCAUGGUAUUCUUGCAAUGAGACAUCCCCAUCUUUACUAGAUGUUUACAACAUCCACCAUGGUGAUAUAUCACUGCUACAUUUGCAGAGUUUUCCACUCCACCACCAUUCAGGAGAUUGUGGCCAUGAUACCCAGUUUACGUGUAGAUGAAAAACACAGAAUCCUGAAGCAAUCCUUAUGUCUUAGAAAUGGCUGACAGAACCAUAAGAAUUGUGUGAUGAAAACACAAUUGAUGUGUAGCAAUUGAAUAUUGGAAAAUUUGGUAUUGGGGAUGGAGAAGAAAUGAAGGCAGUAGAGGUGCAGCUGAGGGUUGUAAAGACAGCUCACUGAUAUUGGAGAUGAUGUGAUUUUACACUGAUCCCACAACGUAAUAGUAGCUCAAAUAUAGACAACACUAUGUUUGCUGCAGUUACUGAAAGAUGGAUAAAAAAAUUGUGAGCCAUUCAUUAGACUUUUGCAGGAACUUUAAAGAGUUUCAACAAAAUUCCUACUUCCUUUAUCACACAUUGAGCAUUUUGCUAACACUGAUGUAGAUUAGAAAAUGCAUGUUGUCCAAGAGAAGUCAUUCCGAGAAAGACUGGCUUUUUAUUGUUACCUGGUAAUUGGAUGUGUGCAUUGGAGCCUUUGUUUUUAUAAGAAAACCUUGGGUUGCAGGUGUAGAGUUUAGAAGGCUAAGUAUGAUUGAACUUCAACAUUGGAUCUGAAAUACAGAUUGCAUUUUGAAUGUAGAAAUUGUCAGAAUGUAGAUGUUUCUCCAUGGUCACAAAUGCAAAUACAAAGCCAGGAAGCAUACGAGAUUUUUUUUUCAUGUCAGGAGCGACUUGAGAAACUGCAAGUCACUUCUGGUGUGACAGAACUGGCUAUCUGCAAGGAUGUUCCCAAGGUGACACUCAGAUGUUUUUCCAUCCUGUGGGAGGUUUAUCUCAUGUCUCCACAGGAGAAGCUGGAGCUGACAGAUGGGAGCUCACCCCGCUCCCUGGAUUCGAACCACUGACCUUUUGGUCAGCAGUCCUAUUGACAUAAGGGUUUAACCCAUUGUGCCACUGAGGGCUCCUAGCAUAUGAGAUUUCAAAUACCUUUGAGGAUGCAAGUUAUUGAGAUUUCCUCCUAUGUCUUCUCAAGAAUAAAGAUCUCAAAUUUGAUCAGAAUGUUGGGUUUAAAAUUUCCUAAAGCCAAACAACAUUGAUGUUUGACGUUCUGAAUGUAGCAUUUUGAAGUUAUUAGUGUUACUUCUUUUCCUUCAGAAGGGCAAGUUCACAGCUGAAAAACAUGUUGAGUUACAAAUCUUUGUUUUGGGUGUGGCACAAAAAGUAGUUGGAUGGAUACUAGAGACAGUGUGCAAUAAAGUCAGCUCUCCACCUUUGCUGGGGUUAGGGGCACAGAGCCCUCAUGAAAGUGAAGAAUCACAAGGGAAAAAAUGAUGAUACAUACAAAUUCGUCUCAAGUCUAAAUGCAUCUACAUCAACUCAGACAUAAUUGUGUAAACCUGUUCUUUUCCAGCUUCAAUCGGAAAAGAUUUAGUUCAAUAUUAUGUAGGAGGAAACAAAACUUAACAACUGGCCACCUUUUCUAUCUUUGUUUAUUUUAUUAUUAUUAUUCUCUCUUUUUUGGUUUUUCAGACUUUUUAAAGAUUAAGAAGUAAGGGAAGCAAAAGGAUAAAUCUUUCAAAAUAUAUGAAAAUAUCAUUUCCAGAAAAAGUCACUGAGAUAGGCAUUCAUCUUAGGCAGCAGGAGAAUACGGAACAACCAGUGCUCAACAUGAGCCAUGGUUUGUUUAUUUUACGGGGACAGUUCUAUCUGUUUGUCCUUAUGGCUGGUGGAUUGGCAUGGGACAAAGUUUGGCCACUUUGGCUAGAUGGCUCCCUGGGUUUCUGGUGGGGUUGACAAAAUGAAGGGGUUCCACUCUUGGUUUUUGCUAGCAUGUUUCUUGCUCAUUUGAUGAUGUGCUAGAAUGUUCAACCUACCUUAGAGCAUGGAGCACUUAUUGUUGGAUAAGCCCUAAAAAGCAGCUCGUGAUUCUACUACAGUUUCCUGAUUCUCACUUCAGGAUUUCUCAACCGCUGCAUUGUCCACAGAGAAAAAGCUCUCCUGGGCAGCUGAAGGCUUUGAUUGAAUUUUGCAACUUUGCUUUUACGCAAGAGCUUCCCCCCCUCUUUGCACCCGAACUAUCAAAAUCUCUUCAAUUUUAUACUGUGAAACAAAAAAACAUAUAUACCAAUUGCUUUGUGUAGUUCAAAACAAACGUUGCAAAUCAGUGAAGGGAAUUAAAAUAUAUAUAUGUAUAUGUUCAUGUUGGUGAGGAAUCAGUCUGCAUGACCAAGUCUAUCUUGUCCAAAUAAGGAGAGCGCCACAAUAUCGGAUGCAGCGCCACCUUGUCAAUACCAACCUGCUCUGAUCUGCCAAAUGUGAACAAAUAUACUAUGUAUAUUAUGUGUACUAAUAGGAUUCAAUGGCAGCUGCUGGUGAUAUUUGUAUAACUAGAAAUCUAUAUAGGAUAUAGACGUUUUAGAGAGACGGUGCCAAUUCUAAACAAUAUUGUGUGGGCUACAAGUGCUUGUAAUUAUUUUUUAAUUUGCUAAUAACUUAUUAUGACAACUUGGUUUUGGAACAUUCUGUGAGUGUUUGGGGUUAUUUUUUUUAAUUUUAAAAAAGUUGUUGCGCUUUAAAACUAUUAAAACAAUAGAGAAUGUAAAGUUAUUCUUUUGAUGUGAACUGAGACUGAUUUUUCAUUAAAAACAAACAAAACUUUAACCUUUU